AUGGAAUGUCCUCAGUCAGAACUUGACAGUGUCAAUGAUGAUAAACCAGUCAAGGAGUACAAAGUUCCAGACCAAUCCAAACUGAGCACAGAGGAGUAUGAGCAGGCACUGAAGCAAUAUGAAAUUUACAAGCACAAUGUUGACACUCGAAGACGGAUGAGGUUCAUUCCCUUUAAAGACAUGAAAAAUGAUCCAUCCAACCCGUUCCUUUCAAUACUGGGAGAGCUUAGUGGGAAACCAACAGUUCCAAAACCUCACCAAAAAACAGCAAUGACGACAUGGGCAGCCUGUAACAAGGAGCAUGUGUCAAAACUCUUUGAAAAGGAGAAGGAAAAGAAAAGACCGGUACGAGGACAGAUACCUAAACUCUGGCAAGAUUGUAUUCGUGUUCAAUGGGAGAAGCUAUCUGAGGAGGACAAGGAGGGAUGCGACGCUACGGCGAAGGUCAAACAUGCGCAAGAGUUGAAAGAAUGGAAGGCCAGCCAGGAAGCAACUGUGUCGAACACUCCUGAAGAUCUACAACAAGCCAUCCAUAUGUUGCCUCAGUUUAUUAAGCCAAUCUUAGAAGGAAUACAAGACGUACAGGAUGGGUAUGUUCAUUCAUUGGCAUGGGUCCAACUGGAACCAAAGGAUGAUGGCCACAUCAAUAUUAUGAGGUAUGUUCUAACUUCUUCUAACAUGUAUUUCUCAGAUGCUCAAUAUCAGUGA